AGGGACUUUUAGUCGUCAGGAAUAUCCAAUCCUAGAAAUGCAUCUGAGAGCUACCAAAGUCGAUUUUCUCAAAGGCGAGAAUACAUGUCUUCAUAAAACUUCAGAGUUCGACAACUCACACCUCAUUCUAAGAAGAGGACAGGAGUUUACUCUGAAGAUUACAUUUGAUAGGCAACUUACUAAAAAGGACAAAGUGCAACUGCAGUUUACUAUUGGACCACGUCCAAUGCAAUCUAAUGGCACACUUGUCCUAAUUGAAGUGGGUUCAACAAGCUUGACAAAGCAAUGGAGCGCUGCCAUCCGACAGUUCCAUGGCAAUGAGUACUUGGUUGCUGUCACAAGCGCUGCCAAUGCUAUUGUCGGAAAAUACUUUUUGAGCGUGGUAACAGGAAAAGGAAUUGUCUACGUUCCAGCAGACAGCCCCAUUUAUAUGCUCUGCAACCCUUGGUGUGAAGAUGACAAUGUCUAUAUGCCCAAUGAGGAUGAAAGGAAUGAGUAUGUUCUGAAAGACUCAGGAUACAUUUAUGUGGGAUCAUCCAGUAAAAUCAGCGCAAGACCAUGGAACUUUGGCCAACAUGAAGUUGAUGUCUUGGACUGCUGUAUGUACCUCCUUGACCGUAGUGGGAUCAAACCUGCAGCAAGAAGGGACCCAGUGAUUAUAUCUAGAAAAUUCUCUGCCUUAGUUAACUCCAAUGAUGACCGUGGUGUGUUAACUGGAAAUUGGUCUGGCAAUUAUUCUGCUGGAACCUCACCAACUGCCUGGACAGGAAGUAGUGCUAUUCUACAGCAAUACUAUACAACCAAGAAGCCUGUCCUUUUUGGACAAUGUUGGGUUUUCUCUGGAGUUCUUACCACUGUGUUGCGUUGCAUAGGAAUUCCAGCUCGAAGUGUCACCAACUUUUCUUCAGCUCAUGAUACUGAAGAAAAUCUAAAAAUUGAUAUUUACAUGAAUGAAAAAGGCGAAAAACUAGAUGAAUGGACUUCUGAUUCCGUUUGGAAUUUCCACGUAUGGAAUGAUGUGUGGAUGAAACGACCUGAUCUGCCCAGUGGAUAUGAUGGCUGGCAGGCACUCGAUGCUACCCCACAAGAACCAAGUCAGGGUGUCUUUCAAUGUGGUCCUUGUUCGUUGACGGCCAUAAAGAACGGAGAGGUAUAUUUGCCAUAUGAUGCCAAAUUUGUGUUUGCCGAAGUGAAUGCUGACCGAGUCCACUGGUUGGUUGCGGAGAUAAAUGGGGAAGAGGAAACCUCCCAAAUUAAGGAGGAGAAAAACUGCAUUGGGAAGAAUAUCAGCACCAAGGCAGCAAGUAGGAACUUGAAACAGGACAUUACAUCACAAUACAAGUACAAGGAGGGAUCCCCAGAUGAGAGGAAAGCUUUUGAAACUGCCUGUUCUUACUUGAAGUCCGAUGCUUGCUUAGUCUUUGCGGCUCCUCCGCCACCUCCUCCUGCUUGCAUAAAAUUACAGAUCAUAGGUGAUAAAGACUUGUUGCCUGGAAACCCAUUAUCUCUAAACAUCUCUGUCGAAAACGAAUCAGACGAGACAAAGACCGUGAAUCUGAUUGUUGGCUGCCAGCUACAGACCUACACUGGCAAAAUCAUUGCCAAUUUGGCAUCCCUUUCCCAAACUGUUGAAGUUGCAGGGAAACAAGCUGCCUCCAUCCCCUUGAAUGUGGCCGCUGACUUGUAUAUGAAGUCUGUGAUCUCGACAGAUGACGAGCUGAUUAUGCGGGUCAAUGUUAUUAGCGAAACCAAGGAAACAAAGGAGAAAGACAGCGAGAGCAUGGUGAUAUCCUUCACAUACCCUGACAUCAAAGUGGAGAUGCCAGAAACUGGGAAGCUUGAUGAAGAUUUCACAUGUACUUUUACAUUUAAGAAUACACUUAGUAUUGCUCUAGAAAAAUGUGAGCUGCACGUGGAAGGAUUGGGUCUCUUCAAACUGCAUAAGUUUGAUCAAGGGGAUAUACGACCAGGAGGAAUCUUCCGUUCCAAGAUUAUUUGCAACCCAAAGAAAUCUGGUGAGAAGAAAAUUGUGGCUGAACUUAUUUCCAAGCAAAUCAAAGUAAUUUCAGUGGAAAAAAUCAUCAACAUUACAAAAUAGAAAUAUUAUGCAGAUUAUGAUAUUUCUUGCAUAAAUUGAAGUAUGGAAGUAUAUUACAUGGGCAAUCCAAAUAAACA